CUUUUUCAAUCAAGCGGAAAUAGAAGAGGCAGUGAGUAAGUUUCUCUAACAAUUCCAGAAGGAAUUUUUAAUUUUGUUAUUACGAGUAUAACUCGCUCUUAGUGCUGGUGCUUUUUCAAAAUCCAAACCUCUUGUGGAAAGAAAUAUCAGCACAACUUAUCGUAAAGCUUCUAGCAAUUCCGUUCUAUUCGUUAAUUUGCUUUGUUUAGGUACGUUUUAUUUUUCACAAAGGAUGUGGGAAUGAUACUACUAUGUAUGGGCUUUUUGAUCGUAGAAGCAGUAAGUACGAGGUGCCAAGCAUGAAGUGAACCGACAAAGGAGUUUUCUGUUUUUAGGGAAAUACUUAAAAAUGAAAGAGUAUAGAAUUGGCAUUUAUGUGAGAGACAGACUGCAUUUUUGUGUUUGUACUUGGAACAUGAACAGACAAUUUCCAACCAUUCUAUAAAAUUGCGCAGAGUCUCUCAAUGACAAUAAAAAAGAGUAUUAUAUCGAAAGAAUAUGACUGUUCGAGCGAAAUUAUCCAGAAACCCUCGUCUUUCUAUUUUCUCUUUUGGUUUGAAAAUAAACAUCAUGUAAACAAACAAGAAUUCGACAAAAGUUGUGUUGAAGGUUUGACAUAGACUUUAUAAGUUUAUUUUUCUUUUUUCUUUUUUUAGAGGGUAAAAAGAAGGGAUAGAAAUCCUUCAAGUUUGUCUUUGUUGCGCAAACAUUACCUUGUAUUUGAGGUAAGGAAAUUCCAAAAAAGCUUUCAUGAAAUGAAUGAAUUCUUUGUGAAAUGGAAUCCAAUUUACUACAACUAACAAACUGUCUCAUUUACAGCUAUAGAUUUGAAGAUUUUCGGCGUUUUUCAAAGUGUAAACAAAGCAACAAAAUAUGAACAGCACAACAAAACAGGUUUUUAGAAACGUAUUUCGCCUGAAUCGACAUCUUUAAAUCUCUUACACUAUCUCAUUUUGUUCAUACUGUACCUCAAAAUAUAUAAAAGCAAAAGGAAAUAUAUCACGAGAUUGAUCCACCUUUAAAGUGAAACCGAAAUACUUUCUUAUAAAAGCUUAUUUAUUGAAAUUUUCUUUUUCUCAUUAAUUAUUUUGUGAUCUGAUGGUUUUUUCCCGGUACUGGAAUAUCUCAGAGGCCCUUGCCUAGUAACGUACAACUUUUACUUUGAAAAAAUCACACUGGGCUAUUGGCCCUCAAUCAAUUGCAUAUUUUUUGUUUGUUUUAAUUUUCUACUGAAAAGUUUGAGAAUUUGGUUCCAAGUAGACAUCGUUCGAAGAAUUGUGUUUACCUGGAAAAAAGUCUAACCUCGUGGAAAAAUUGUUGACUGCUUUGGAUUGAACGGCGUCUUCAAAAUGGAAAAUGUAAAUGUUUUUCGUGCACAAGAAAAGCGAUACAAAUGUCCUGGCGACCAAGUACCAGAUAUGUCAGAAGUGCUGGAUACAAAAGAUCCAAAUUCCUAUGGAUUUGAUUGCUUACAAGCUAUACAGCCGGAUGUUUUCAUGUAUACCAAGGUUCCGGGGUUAAUAAUUUUAAGAAAUUGUGUUUCACCUGAAUUGCAAAAGCAUUUAUUAGAGGAAAUUAUGUUUGGUCAACUACAAGAUGCUAAAAACAAAACGAACCUUUCUCCCUUUCACAAAUUACCUCUGGUAACUGACAGUAUAUGGAGACGGUACUAUAAUGGCAAAGAAAGCGAUCUCGUUGAAGGGAUUCCCCCUACAAAGCCAAUUACAGUAGAUAGACUCAUUCAAAAAAAACUUCGUUGGAUUACACUUGGUGAACAGUAUGACUGGACCGAAAAAGUCUAUCCUGACCCAUCGUUGUCUCCUCCUUUCCCUAAGACGUUGGCAAAAUUUGUAGAAGAUCUCGUACAAAAGUAUACGGAUUUCCCAAACUGGAAAGCGGAGGCUGCCAUUGUAAACUUUUACUCUCCUGGUGACACCCUCAGUGCCCAUGUGGACGAAUCCGAAGAAGACUUAACGCUCCCUCUUAUUUCCCUUUCUAUAGGAUUAGAUUGUAUUUAUUUGAUUGGAGGAUCAAGUCGCUCUGAGGUUCCAACAGCUUUGAGAUUACAUAGCGGAGACGUGGUGAUCAUGACAGGGCUUUCGAGACAAGCAUUCCACGCUGUACCGAAAAUUUUAGCAUCGACGACUCCUUCUUACCUAUUAACAGAAAACGAUAAAUGGAAUCGCUGGAUUCAAACCAAACGAAUUAACUUUAAUAUUCGUCAAGUACGAAACUCAUAGAAGGUUUUACCCAUUCAAGUUAUUGUACAUUUUACACACGGCUUACUUUUUGGACUUGGGAACUAGAGGAAAAUCCCUUUUUUUUCUUUUUUUCUUUUUUUUUUUUUGUUGUAUGGUUAAUCGCUUUCAAUAAAGCUUACAACUUCUCACUCAAACUGGCUGUAUAUAUAUAAAUCUAUAUUAUAGAACAAAAUACCUGAUAUACAAAACUUCGCCAAGGAAUUUUUUUAUUUACCAUUCCUCUCUUUUACGUUGGAUAAAAAAUCCAAAAUGGUCUAAACUAAUUGACUUUUGUUCUAUAAUUUCCUUAUUUCAAUGUUACUAUCGUUUC